CCGGAGCGCUGUCCGCUUUAGCUCCAGUCAGGCCGGAGAGGUUUACCUGAACAGUCCGUGGAGCUCGGAGCUCGCUGGCAGCGGGGAGCCUGGAGACUUCCGGGGAGACGGAGCCGGGCGGCGCGGCCCCGGCGGCCGGCAUGCACCUCCACCCGCCCGCCGGGGAGGAGACCCUCCGGCCGGCCGAGCCCACCGAGGAAGAGCUCCUGCAGCUGGCGCCGGGCGGGGCGUCCGAGCGAAGCGUCAACACCGACCCGGGCUGGGAGAGCCAGGUGACGGCCAUGUUGAAGUACAGCUGCAGCCUGGCGGAGCGGCACGGCGUCCUGCUGAAGCAGCAGGAGGAGGAGGAGGCCGAGCACCUCCGACACCGACAGCAGCUGGAGAGGAAGAAGGAGGAGGCGACGCAGCAGCAGCACGCGCUGCUGGACAAAGUGGAGUCGCUGCGGGUCAAACUGGAGCUGAACAACUCCAAGGCCAGCAGGAAGAGCUUCUUAUCCAAGAAACAGGAGAUGACGGCCGAGAGGAGCCGCGCCGAGGAGGACAGGGACAGGCUGGCGAAGGAGCUGGAGGAGAGCGAGCGGCGGCUGGCCCGGCUGGCGGAGGAGCAGGGCGAGGAGCAGCGGCAGUGGCAGGAGGAGCUGGACGAGCUGAGGCAGGAGAUGGAGCGAGCCCGCAGGGAGGCCGAGGAGGCGGAGCUCGCCGCCCUGCAGGACGAGAUCGCCGCCGUGGAGAAGCAGAGGGAGGCGGCCGCGGCUCGAAUCGACACCUGGCUCAAGGAGGUGAGGCAGUACCUGAACACGCUGCGGGUGGAGUAUCCUCAGCAGUAUCAGCUGGAGCGGCUGGACUGGGAGAAGCAGGAGAGCGCGGUGAGGAAGAGCCAGGGCGAGCUCCAGCGGCGCUUCCAGGACGUCCUGCAGCAGCUGCAGCAGGGCCGCGACUUCGAGAGCCUCCCCAGGAUCAGCGCCCCGACUCUGCCGCCCAUCCCCAUGGUGGAGCUGAGGUUCAAUCAGGUGAUCCAGGCGUUUGCCCGCCCGCAGUUCGUGCCUCCUCCUCCUUUCCCAAACGUGGGGAAGCGGCCCUUCGCUCCACACCAGCACCAGCACCAGUACCCGCACCCGCCCCCCUUUCAGCCCCAUCACCACCACCAGUUCCCGCCCCAGCACUACCACCCACCCCAGUACCACCCCCCGCCCCAGAGCCAGCACCAGUUCCAGCCGCAGCCUCAUCACCGGCCACAUUUCAGGGCUCCGGUUCGGGUGACUCCGCCCCCCAGCCUCUCGCCGUCCCCCCUGCCUGCACAGCCGGUGUCUCCGUCCCCGCCGCCCGCCGCCGCCACCGCCACCGCCGCCUCGUCCGCCUCCGCCGGCAAGCUGGACAAAGUCCUGGAGAAGCUCGGGACUAGAUUCCCACAAUGCACCAGGGCCCAGCUGACGUCGCUGCUGCAGCAGGUGAAGAGUUCCCGCGGCACGCUGGCCGGCAUGUCGAUGGAGGAAGUCACCGAGCAGGUGGGGAUGAGGCUGGCGCAGAGCGAGGGCGCCGCGCCGGGGCCCAUCAGCCGACCCUUCGCCCCGCCGUCCGCGGCGAGGGCGCCGCCAGGUCCCAUCCAGAGGCCGAUGCCGCCCCCUCAGAGAGCGGCGGCGGGGGGCCAAGCCGUUGGCGGCGGCGGCGGCGGCGGCCACAAGCUGUGCCUGAUGUGUCAGAACCACGUGGAGCCGGAGAGCCGGCACCCGCUCAGCUGCCUGCACACGGUGCACCGCGACUGCAUCAGCGUGUGGCUGCAGUCCAGCAGGAACAACGCCUGCCCCUUCUGCCCCGCCAAGUGAGCGCCGCCGCCGCCGCCGCCGGGACGCACGGGACUCACUCUGCCUGCCAUGACCUUUGACCCUCUGACUGUUGGUUUGUUUUAGCACUGCUGAGCUCAGCAUGGAGGCUUUUCUGAUGUGAGGUAGAAAAAUGCCAAAACAUCAUGUGCACCUCGUCUGUCUGUCCUGUAGUUUGAAGCCGGCGACGAGCAGGAAGCAUCAGCCCGUUUGGAUUUUGUUACUGUGAUUAUUAAAGAACCUUUGACUAUA